AAGACCUGCAUUUUACUACACUGACCAAGAAUAUUGACUUGAGACAUUGGGUUAAAUUACCUCUGCAGAGAGAGUGGGGUACAUUGCCUGGAAUUAUGGCCACAGAGAGCCUAGUUGAACUCCGCGAUUGGUUGUUCCUACUUCUCCUAUGCCUGACAUUAUUGGUUGAAGUCCUCGAGUUUGCUGCAGCAACAGCUGCUGCCGCGGAGGCAGCUCUUGGAGAGGCGGAGCUUCAGGGAGACGUGCCAUGCCCCUCAGCUUGCCGGUGCGAUGAUGGCUUCAUUUACUGCAAUGACCGUGGCUUGAGUAUCAUCCCACCAUUACCAUUAACGGCAGCUGUGCUCUAUAUGCAAAACAACCGCAUCGACAAUGCUGGGCUACCAACAUCUUUAGAGCGACAACUGACUGUGCGAGUAGUUUACCUUUAUGAUAAUGAACUUGAUGAUUUUCCAACACAUCUGCCUCCGUCGCUACGAGAACUUCACCUACAGGACAACAAUAUACGAACUUUACCCCGUUCCGCUCUUGCACGGCUCCCCCUACUGGAGAAGCUUCACAUGGAUGACAAUUCAGUUUCAACCGUAAGUAUAGAAGACAAAGCAUUCGCCAACAAUCCGAGGCUGCGUCUUCUUUUCUUGUCACGCAACCACCUCUCGAGUAUACCAUCAGGACUGCCUGCAUCACUUGAGGAACUCCGCCUAGAUGACAAUCGGAUUUCAACUAUUCCAACACAUGCAUUUCGAGGUCUCUCCUCUCUAAGACGUCUCUUCCUUGAUGGGAAUCUGCUGGCAAAUCAGCGUAUCGCAGAUGAUACAUUCUCACGGCUGUCUAAUCUCACAGAGCUCUCUCUGGUUCGUAACUCGCUCCAGGCACCACCAUUAAACCUUCCAAGUAUGCAUCUUCUUCGCCUCUAUCUACAGGACAAUGCCAUAGCCCACAUGCCACGAGGCUCCCUGGAUGGCAUGCGAAGGCUACAGAAACUGGAUCUAUCAGGUAACAACUUGACGACUCUCCCGAGAGGUUUAUUCAAGGACCUGGACAGCCUUUCACAAUUACUUGUUCGAGGAAAUCCUUGGUACUGUGGCUGUAACCUCCGCUGGCUUCAUGACUGGUUGCAUGAGCGAGGUUCAUCAGUGACUGUGAGAGGUUUAACUUGCCAUGGACCAGAGAGAGUAAGAGGCAUGGCACUAAGGGACCUUACAAGUCAGUUGGAAGACUGUGAGGUCAGCGUAGAUUCUGCAGGAGGAAUGGUUGGAAACGAUGGAGCAAAGAAGGAGAAAAGUUAUUUUUCGACACAAGCACCAGCUACAACAACCCCUCCACUUCCGCAGGGUUCUCUCUUUACCCUCAGAUCCAGACGACCAGGCCACAAGUAUUCAGAUAUUAGCCAGGACAGCCUUGGAGGUGGAAAUGGGGUUACAGGAAAAUCAUUACUAAUCAGUGUAAAACCUCUCACACCAGAGACAGUUCACAUUACCUGGCAGGCUUCACAGCCAGUCCCCUCCUUCAGACUUUCCUGGUUGCGACUAGGCAACAGUCCUGCAAUGGGGUCAAUCACAGAAACACUUGUACCAGGGGAUCGCCGUGAGUAUUUACUUACGCAACUACAGCCCCAGUCAAGUUACAUCAUCUGCUUGGUGCCUCUCUCUGGAAAUGAUGGUAAAAGAACCUCUUUUACAGCAAGUGGGGGUUUAAACUUUAACACAAACUCAGAGCAUGAGCACCCUGCUUGUGCCAAAACAGAGACUGAUCCCUUCGAGCAGCCUAUUUCAGACCAGGACACUGAUCGAGGAACUGACCAACUGUCAGCCCUACCACUUGCUGGAAUUAUUGGAGGUGCAACAGCAUUGGUGUCUUUGUUCUUCAUUUUUGGCAUCUUCUGCUGGUACGGACACCGUGCGGGGUACCUUGCGCAAGGUGACCAUUCUGUAUAUGGUAGAGAUGUUGUUGGCUCACAAGGUGCCAGCAAACACUACGAUGACUAUGUUGAGUCUGGAACCAUAAAAGACACGUCCAUCUUAGAAAUCAGAGCUCAUGGCUUUCAAAUGACACCAAUGUCUACCCAACAGCCUUUGCAGCCCAAGGCAAAAGUUGAGGAUAUGACAUACAUUCAUACUAUCUUUCCCUCUAAUAAUGCAACUCUAUAUAGGAGCACCCUGAACCACACAGGAAAUCCAGGCUAUGGAACAAAUCGAGGGUACAGAGAAGGAGGAAUACCAGACAUAGAUUACUCAUACACGUGAUAGUCUUUUUUAUAACCCCCUUCCUAUUCUGUUCCUGUUAUCAGGUAAAGCAGUUAGGUAAGGGUUCUUUUCCCUAGGUUCUAAAGUAGGGGUGUGCCGAUUCUAAGGGGACCAUUUUCCCCCAUCUAUCGUACAGAAAAUCUU